AUGAACUUGUGGUUGACUCUGCUCGCAACAUCCACCAUUGCCCGUGGCCAGUUCCUUCGAGUUCAAGACCAUCCACAACACCAGGCCAUCUUCCAAAGCGUCCAUUUCGAAGAUGGCCAAUUUGACAACCAUUGGAACGAGCCUGGAUUCGAUGUCGACCUCGACGCCCAGCGACUAGUCCAAUUUUCUCUGGAGGCUGAGCCUGUGUACAUGACCGAACGCGAAAAGCUGCAGGCAAAGGCGUUGGGGAUCAAGUACCUUGACGUGACCAAUGUUCAUCCUACAAGUUUCUCGAAGAAACGGCACUUCUCCUACCCACCGCCCAACUCAACCCUUGUGCCCAGCCUCCUGCCACUGCUCUCGGCCAAGGAGAUCAAGGCGAAUUUGCAGCAGUUCACGUCUUUUCGGACGCGCUACUACAACUCGGAGACGGGGAAGGCGAGCUCGGAGUGGUUAUCGCAGCGGAUUCGGAACUAUACGGCGGAACUCGCUUCGCCUGAGCUGCAGAGGCUGGUGUCUGUGACGCCGUUUGUGCAUAGAUGGAAACAGACGUCUGUAAUAGUGCGAAUAGCGCCAGAGAAUGCGACAGAGGAUGACCCGACGACUGUCAUUGGCGCCCAUUGCGACAGCAUCAACCACGAGAACCCAUUCCUCCCUGCCCCUGGCGCGGAUGACGAUGGCUCGGGCACUGUUACCAUUCUCGAAGCUUUACGUGUUCUGCUCAAGAGUGAAUAUAUACCUAAAUCACCUCUGGAGUUCCACUUCUACUCGGCAGAAGAGGGUGGUCUGUUGGGCUCCUUGGAUGUUGUUGCAUCGUACGAAAAGGCGGAAAGGCAUAUCAAGGGCAUGCAGCACUUUGACAUGACUGCCUGGGUCGCCGCUGGUACCGAAGAAGUUGUCAAUAUCCUCACGAACGACGUUGACCCAGAACUAACCGAGUUCCUUUCCCAACUUGCCGAACGCUAUGUCGAAAUCCCUUGGGUUCAAGAGAAACUCGUUCCCGGCGCUGGAAGUGACCAUAUGUCCUGGACGCGCUCUGGCUACCAAUCCUGCGUCGCAACCGAGGCACUGAUGGCGAAUUCCAACUUCGGCCAUAUCCACACAUCGAACGACAGCAUCACGGUGUCCCGAGAGUUCUCCUUCGAGCAUAUGCUCCACUUUUCUCGACUUGCUAUAGGAUUCGCUGUUGAAAUGACGGAAUAG